AUGAACAUCGCCAGGGAAAUCGAGGUGCCGAACCCAACGUCCGCCAAGCUCCCAGCCCUGACCGUCAAUCUUGGCGCCCUGACGACGACGUUCGCGCCCCCCAGGAACUGUGCAUCCAUGACCCUCGCAAACUACGCCCACCGCGUCGACCCGUCGGCGUCGCAAGUGACCACCCUCCUGGAGUAUGAUCGCGGGCUCGAAUGCUCUCAGACAGACAGAUUCACCCCCGCCGGAAUGGAGCUGAAAACAACAUGCUUCCCGGAGCGAUGGGCGCCGGCCUUCAACAACAUCAGAGAACCGGGCCCCAACGCCGUGUGGCCCGUCUACUCGCCGGGGCUCUUGUGUCCCUCGGGCUACGCAACCGAGUGCACAAUGGUAUACAGCCAGCCCGGGGCGCCCACCGAGACUCGGAAAGCCGUCGUCGAGCCCAACACCUUGACUCUGACGACAUGGAGCGUCCUAGCAGCGGGGGAGGUAGGAUACGGCUGCUGUCCCAGCGGCUUCCGGUGCUACGGGCCAUACACAUGCGUCUCCAUUCCGUCGACAUCGGAAACCCUGACCGUGGACAUGUCCGAGGGCUGCAGGACCGCCGCCGACAGGAUCCGAACAACCACCACCCAAGUCGUAUCCAGCGACAUCUUCGCCUUUGUCUAUGCGCCGCAGGUGGUUCUCAUCCAGAGACCCAACAGCACCAACGCCGACGUCAACGCCACUGCAGCGGCCACAUCCAGCCCAUCGGAUACCCCGGGCGCCGCCGCCGCGCAGUCCGGCCUGAGCACCGCUGCAAAGGCGGCCGUUGGAGCCGCCGUGCCCCUCGUCGCCAUCAUCCUAGCCCUGGCCGUGUAUGUGUUCUACCGCCGCCGCAACCGCAUCAAGAACGAGGCCGAGGCGGCUGCUGCGGCUGCGGCCGCGGCCUCCGAGCAAGACGACGGCAGCCGUCCUCCAGGCAUGGACAAGCCCGAGUUGGACGCGACACCCUCGCCCUUCGGGCUCUCGCUUAGCCCCGGAAGCGAGCUGGACGGCACGUCUCGCCCCUCGCCCGGAGCCGAUUUCGACAUAGCAGGGCGCCGCGUGUCUGAGCUGCCGGGGUCGGCGGCCGCAGGAGCCCUAGGAACCAUGUGCGAGUUGCCGGGCGAUGAGUUGUUUGCCCAGAGCUCGACGCAGCCAAGAGAGACGGAGACGGGCGGGCAUGUCGCUGCGGAUCAAGAGGGGGAAAGUGGGCGAGGCCUUUCCGCCCAGGGCCCAUCGGCGCCAAGCGAUCAAGAUGCCGAGAACGAGGACGCGGAAAAGAGCAGCCUCCUCGACAAUCGAGAGUAG